AUGAAAAAUUUGAGUAAGAAUAGUAGCACGGAAACAGAUGGCCUUUCGGUUAACAUAAAUAACAGCAAUGAUUUUAGCAGAGUUUUACAUGAAAUAAAAUUAAAGCAGAACGAAUAUGAAAAAAAGAAAAGUAAGAAAAAUACGCAACCCAAAAUAAAAUCCAAAAAUGUUAAUGACAGUGACAAGGAUAACACAAUUUUGAAAAAAGAGUCAGAGAGGAAUGCAACAAAAAAUAAAAGAAAUCUUAGCAAAAACAAAAGUAAAGAAAAAUAUGUGCAAAAACAAAAGAGUGAACAGAACAUAAAGAAAACAAAUUUGUAUGAUACACCAAUUUUUCCUCGUAUUAACUCUUUAAUUUUAGAUCAUGAAAAGGAGGAAUGCAACAAUGCAGAAUAUUCAGAUAAUAACAAAAAUGCAGUAGAUGAAAAAAUAAAAAAAAGUAAUUCUAAUUAUAAAAUUGAGAAACAUAGCAUUUACGAUAUUUAUGCACAUACUCUAAAAAAGCUAUCAAUUGAGGAUAAAAGUGAUCUUUUAAAAGCAAAUAACGCAGAGAACUAUUACAUUAAUAAGAAUAAAAUUUCAGAAAACAAAGAAAACAAUAAAAAUUUGCAUAAGUCCAAAAUUUCUAACAAUGCUUCAGAUGAAUCAUCAUUUAAUUUUACCCAGACAUAUGACACUAUCUACUCAAACACAGAAGCGGAGGAAAUAAAUCACCAGAAAGAUAAUGAUACAAAACUUCACCACACAAAACAAACAAAAAAGGAUUUAGUGCCAUCACACCUGAAUAACGAUAAACGCAAUUACAAAGACUUAGAACAAUUUCAUAAUAAGAAUAAUAGUUCAAAUAAUGGGAAUUUUUAUAAUAAUGAUGACUUGUUUGAAAAUUCACAUGUAAUCAAAGAACAUGAUAAUUAUGGCAAUGGUGAUUCCCAUGAAGAGGAACAUAUAAGAGGAAUAGGAAAAGAACAAAAUGCAAAGGAAAGAGGACGAAAAUCAGAUAAAUAUGAAUAUGGAAAAGAAGAGUAUUGUGAUAUUUACAAAGGUAAAGAAAAGUGUAGACCACAAGAUAUAAUAAAACACUCUAAUAUGGAUGAACAAAAAUUGCGUGAAAACUCCCAAAGCUUAGAUGAAAAGAGUAAAAAUAAAAUGAAUCAUCCAAAAUCUUUAGCUAGUGAAGACCUUAAGUUAAGAGGAAAUAAAAAUUCCAAAAAAGAUCAAAUGACAUAUUUAGCUAAUAAUUCCUCCUAUAAUGAAGUAGAAAAGGAAAAUAAUUAUUUAAACAUUUCAGAUUCGUUGUCCAUUGAUUACUUACAUGAAAAUGAAAAGGAAGAAAAGAAAAAGAAUGAAAUGAAAAAUAAACAUAAUGAAACAGUUAACAAAAAUAACGCGGAUAACACGAUGAAUAAUUAUCCUGAUAGUGUUUAUGAUGAACAGAACUCAGUUGAAACAUCAUUAAAAAAUUUUCCCGAAAUUAAUAUGUAUCAUUCAGUAAAUGACCAAUUGUACCAAAAAAAAAAAAAAGGGUAUUCAAAACAGAAUAUAAACUACCCCAAAUCAGAUGCAACUACAACAGAUUCAGAUUAUUCUAUUAAUGAAAAAUUAGAUAUGUCCUACGAUCACUUUAAAAGUAAGAAUAAAAAAAAAUUGUUUUCUAUUGCAGAAGAUUGGGAAAAUAAAGAGAAGUUAUUAAAUGUUGUAAAUAGUAAAAACAUUUUAAAUAUCAGAAAACUCCUAAGAAUAAUGAGAGAAUUUUAUGUCGGAUUUAUAGGAUUACAAUUAAUUUAUUUUAUAACAUAUCUUUUGUUUAGCAACAAUAGCGUUUACCUAAUUCAAAUUAUUUCCAUAUCUUGUACCUUCUUUUCCCUAUUAGAUGCUAAUUAUCAUGGUUAUUUAUUAAAUGGAUUUAUUGAUAUGUGUAUAGCUAUUUUUUUAAAUAUAGCUAUUUUACAAAAUAUAGCUGGUUUUAAAAAUCUACAGUCUAACGAUGUUUUAAAAAACAUAACCAUAUCAAAUGUUGUUUUUCUCUAUUUCUUUUCCAUGUUUUCAUUUCUAAAUGGUUAUUUUAUUUAUAAAUUACAUUCCUUAGAAAGAAGAAAUAUUAAAUAUGUUAUACAAAAUAUUGAAUAUAAAACAGAAAAGGAUUUUUAA